AACGUUGCUCCAGCUGCUGCUUUCCCAAAAAGACGAACCGCUGCUCUUCUGCGUGGCAUUUAGAGACUGACCUGGGACAUCCCCCAAACCAUGGAGGACACUCUCACCUGCACCCCUACCACCUUUUCCCAAGUCUUCGGCCGCCAAGGACAGUUGAUGCAAGCUACUGUGCAAUCUCUGAACAGCCUGAACGACCAAAUCGCACACUUCAUGGUGAACAGACCCAACGUCAUGAGUCAUGAAGAGGACACCUUUCUGCCCACCGAGAGGGACACUUUGAACCAAUCCAUGGCUCUAAUGAGACACCUGCUCAUGGACGCACAGGGCAAAAUCCUGAAAAUGAUGGAGGACAACAAGCAGCUGGCUCAGCGGAUCGAUGGGGCCAUCCAGUCGGCCAGUCAAGAGGUGACCAACCUGCGCUCCGAGCUGUCCGCCACCAGCCGCAGAUUGGCCGAGUUGGGGGCGUGCAACCCCAUCGGCCUGGAGAACAACCAGCAGAACCACCAUCACCACCACCAUCACCACCACCUCCACGAUCCAUCAGUCCACCACCGGCAGAAGACAGUGGUUUCUGAUCUCACUUUCCAAAAAGGCAUGUCCAGCUUGAUGGACUUCGGGACUCCAGAUUCUACACUCGACAAAGUGUUGCUGAGGGAGGAGGUGGCGCAGUUACAGGAGGAGGUGCAUCUCCUGCGGCAGAUGAAGGACAUGUUGAGUAAAGAUCUGGAGGAUUCUCACGGCGGCUGUUCGGCCGAUACGCUCUCCGCCGCUGAGCUCAAGGUGCAGCUGGGGGAGAAGGAGCAGGAGCUGGAACGUGCCAAGGAGGCCUUACAAGCUAUGAAGGGUGACCGGAAGCGGUUGAAGGCAGAGAAAGCAGACCUGGUGAACCAGAUGCAGCAGCUUUACACCACACUGGAGAGCCGGGAAGAGCAGCUCCGAGACUUCAUCAGAAACUAUGACCAGCACAGAAAGGAGAGCGAGGACGCGGUGAAGGCUCUGGCUAAAGAGAAGGACAUGCUGGAGCGAGAGAAAUGGGAUCUGCGCCGGCAGACCAAAGAGGCCACAGAACAGGCCACUGUUCUGCGCUCACAGAUCGACAUGAAGGAGAACAGAGUCAAAGAGCUGGAGGCCGAGCUCACUAUGGCGAAGCAGUCUCUGGCCACCCUCACUAAAGACGUGCCAAAGCGUCACUCUCUUGCAAUGCCAUCAGAGCCGGUGGUCAACGGCAGUCAGGAGUGGGUGAUGCAGGCAGACCUUCCUCUCACUGCGGCCAUCAGACAGAGCCAACAAACCCUGUACCACUCGCACCCUGCAGACAGGCAAGCUGCUUUGAGGAUCAGCCCCUGUCACUCGCGUCAGCCCUCCAUCAUCUCGGACGCUUCGGCUGCUGACGGCGACCGCUCGUCCACCCCAAGCGACAUCAACUCGCCCCGCCACAGGACUCACUCUCUCUGCAAUUCCAUGGAGGACCUCGAGGACCAGAAGCGUAAGAAGAAGAAGGAGAAGAUGAGUCUCGGCUCACUUUCUCGAGUGUUUGCCCGGGGAAAAUCUCAGCGCAAGUCCUUGGAUCCGGGCCUGUUUGAUGACUCAGACAGCGUCUCCAGUCAGACGCAGCCCAGCCUAUCGGACGGCGAGGAUCAGCUGGAGCGGCUGCAGCAGGCGGAGCUGACGCGCAGCAGGCCCAUGUCUCUGUGGAGAGCCGGCACUGUGCAGGCUUGGCUGGAGGUGGUCAUGGCCAUGCCCAUGUACAUGCGUGCCUGCUCUGACAAUGUCAAGAGCGGAAAGGUGUUGCUGGGAUUGAGCGAUGAGGACCUGGAGCUGGGUUUGGGCAUCAACAGCCCCAUGCACCGCAGGAAGCUCCGACUCGCCAUUGAGGACUACAGAGAAGCAGAGAAUGGACGAGGACUUUCUAAAGCUGCAGAUAUGGACCAUCACUGGGUGUCUAAGAGCUGGCUGAGUGACGUCGGGCUGCCACAGUAUUCACAGGUCUUCCACAAUCAGCUGGUGGACGGCAGAGUCCUGAACUCCAUCACACGCAGAGACCUGGAGACCAUCUUCAACAUCACCAAUAAAUUCCACGUCACCAGCAUCCUGUCAGCCAUCCAGCUUCUGCAAAUGCUCAAUUUCGACAAAGAGUCUAUACAGGCACGUCGCACUCAGUGUGAGAAUCGAGAUCUGGAUCCUGUAGUCUGGACCAGCCAUCGUGUCAUUAAAUGGAUCAGGGAUAUUGAUCUUAAGGAGUAUGCUGAUAACCUUCAGAACAGUGGCAUCCAUGGUGCUGUGAUGGUUCUGGAUCCCACCUUCAGUGCAGACAGCAUGGCCAAAGCUCUCGACAUCCCCAACAACAAACACAUGAUCCACCGUCAUCUGUACGAGGAGAUGAAAGUGCUUCUCAAUCCAGCAAGAACUAAUCAGGCUCAGGAUUACAGGAAAGAGGGCACUCCAAAACAUUCUCCUUCUUCAAACUGCCGUAAAACAGAGGAGGGAUUUUCUCCCAGGAAAAAUGUUGGCAAGAGCCCUUUGAGGUUCAAUCCUCUGGUGGCUGUUAGCAGAGAGCUGUCGUUUCAGGGCGGUUGUGGAUCUCCACCCAGAGAAGAGCGCAUCAAGAUCCUGCAAAGGACCAAGGGCAGCCCCAUGCAUGGCUACUCCAGCAUAGAGAUCACUAAUGUCUGAGUAAUCAGCCUUUAAAAGGACCAAAUGAGCUCAAUUAAUUGUAAAAGAAAUUAGAAAAUUGACCUUUUGCACUUUAGAGAAUUUUGUAUUGGCAACCAAUCAUAAGUAAGCACUUAAUUAAAAAAUUUUAUAGACAUGCUGCAUUAAAAAAAGCUAAUAUUUUGUUACUAAUAUAAUACUUAGAUAACCUUAUUCCUGUAAAUUCCAGUCAGAACUGUAGGUAUGCAGCUGAAAUCAGUACCAAAUGUUCAGACGUCCAUUUCCUCCAUCAAGGCCAUCACAAACACUGUGCUUGUUUAACCCUCAUAAUGCAUUCAGUUUGAAACUGAAGAAUCGUUGUUUUAUUGUAGUUACAAUUUAAUAUUUUUACCCUUUGUGUAUCUGAUAAGAAAAUUCUCAUUAUUGAGUGAUUGUUAUAAAGACAUUAGUAUUAGUAUUACGGCAUUUGCACCUUUUUAAAUAAUUGACAAAAA